CAUUUCUUUCGGACGUCCACCGAAAAAGGGUCGUCGAAGUUACCGUUGAUACAGUUACAUGUUACAAGUAGUGGGUUUGGAGGUACAACGCUACUACGAGAACUAAAAAAACUCCAUAAAAAAGUGUUUUUGUGGACGGAAUAGAAAAUUUGAGUAUAUUUUCAUAUGCUUCGGGAAUUAGGAACCAAUAUGGAGUUCAUCCAUCGCAGUAAUUCAACGGAAUCUAAGGCGUUGAACUUCUGGUUGGACUGAUCUACUGUAUUCCAGUACAAGAGCACAACCAUAUGGAGAGAGGCGCUAAUAGUACAACCUGCCGUUCCCCAAAUUAAAAACGAAAGGGAAUUUGAAGAAAUAAAGAAGUGGAAAGAGAAAUAAAAAAGUAAAAAUAAAAGAGGAACGAGAAAGUAGUAUCACUUGCUCAAAGAAUACGAAGGAGUAGAAACGCAUAUAUCAACAUGGUACGACAGAAUAUCUCAGGAUUUUUCCAACGCGAAACGCACGUAACCGCCCUCAGUCAGCUGGAGGAGUUAAGUUCGUGUGAAACGCAUUCUGUGAUGCAGGAACUUGAACGCGACUUAAAAACAAAAGAAUAAUAAUCCUGAGAGAUAGGUCGGCGACACGUGAAAGAAGAAGACAGUAGCUGGGAACCAGAAUGGAAGCAUCCGAGAAAAUAGGUAAAGAAAAUUUAAGGAUACAGAGAAAAAUGUACGAAACACGAAGAAAAGGGCAUCAGUGUGACGACGGAACGGAGAGAAAGAAGAGGAGAGGAGCUAGUAAGGGUGGGAGUUAGUGAAAGGCGAGGAGGGUUACGGAGAGUGUAAAGACAGAGGUGAGAGAAAGUAGAGUGAACAGGAGGAGCGAAUGAAACAACAGUAAAAGAACAGGAGAAAGCAGGCGUGGCGACGGAGGAGCAGGGGGCCGGGCAGACGUGACGAAAGGCGAGGACCUCCACUCGGACGAGGUCAUCGCCAGCAACCGCCCGCGCUCGCAGGCGGGCCACGCCCCCUUAAUCGUCGCACGACUUGACCAAGGGCUUGAGCGACACGCUGGCGCCCACGCACCCCACGCACCCCUGGAUGUAGUCGUGGAAGUUGGACUCGAGCACCCACAUGAGCCGCUUGUAGCCCGGCACGACGUGCGUGGCCAGCCGGCACUCGCCGCCGUUCUGCACCAGCAGGAAGUUCUGCGGCUUGAAGCAGGUCUGCGUGUUCCACAUGUAGAUGUCGCUCUCGCCCUUCUUGCGGAAGAAGAUGGCGGCGCCGUUGUCGGUGCCGAGCAGCACGAGCGGCGCCGGCUUGGGGCCCACGUCGACGACGGUGCCGCGCGCGCAGCCGCGCCGCAGGUGCUCCGUGCGGAUGGAGAAAAGCCGGCUGCCCGACAGGAUGAUGCGAACGCUGCUGCUGGGCGCCGUGGCGGCGUGCUGCUGGGCGGUGUCGCCGAGCGCCGCGUCGUGCGACCAAUCGACGCGCACCAUCAUGUGGACCGGCGGCGAGUUCCAAUGGCCGUGCCCGUCCACCAAGGCCAUCUUCAAGUCGUCGGGCCGCUACGUGGCCAAGAACAUCAUCGCGACGCGCGCGCAGAUCUACCGCGACGAGGCGUUCGUCGCCAUGCCGCGCUUCCGCCCGGGCAUCCCGGCCACGCUGGCGCGCGUCUCGCUCAAGUCGCGCGGCUGCCAGGCCACUUUGCUCCCGUUCCCGUGCUGGAGCCAACAAGAGGAAGGAAACUGCCGCGCGCUGCAGUCCGUUGUCGACAUCUUCCUCGACGCCAACGACAUCCUCUGGGUGCUGGAUGUCGGCAUUGUCAACACUCUCGAGAACCCCGUCCGCCGAUGCCCGCCCAAGGUGGUGGCCAUCAACGUGCGCACGGGCAAGGUGGUGAAGGUGAUCGACCUGUCGGCGCUGACGUGCGCCGCGUCGCGCCUGCAGUACGUGGUGGCCGAGUACUCCCCCGACGGCCGCUGCUACGUGUACGUGAGCGACGCCGCGACGCGCGCCAUCUUGGUGUUCGAGGUGUCGUCCGGGCGCGGCUACCGCGUGGUGCUGCCCAAGGCCGUGACGGCCGGCUGCGCGCGCCGCGACGUGCUCUACCUGGCGCUGGUGCGGCAGAGCUGCGGCGCCACCACCCUCUACUUCACCUACCUGUCGAGCAGCCGCCUGUUCGCCAUUAAGACCGAGUACCUGCCCCGCGGGUCCUGCCGCCCGGACGGUCCUCAGGACAUCGGCCCGAAACCCGCCAAGUUGGUCAUCCUGGGCACGGACAACGGCGCCGCCAUCUUCUUCCGCUACGAGGGCCAGAACGAGGUCUACCGCUGGGACACCAACGUGUGCUUCAAGGCGGAGAACUUCGCGCCGGUGUACCGCGGCCAGAACUGCUUCCUGGCGACGCACGCGCUCGCCGACUACAAGCGAGGCCGCAUGCGCGUGCUCGAGUCCAACUUCCCCGACUACGUCGCCGGCACCGUCGGCUGCGGCGCCGUGCAGAAGCUGCCCGUCAUUCAGAGCAGCGGCUCCAACUGCUGAGCCGGGCCGCAGCGCCCGCCCGCCCCCGCCCACCGCGACGAGCGGCCCGUUGUUGAUUGUUGUUAGCGCCAUCUUGUUGAGAGCGCCAUUUGCGAAAGUUCAAGAGUUUUUAUGAGUGCGUUGUUUGGUUUCUGAAAGGUCUAAGCGACUUCUAUUCGGACAGGAUAGAAUUUUCUUAGCUUUUCCCCUUAGAUCUAAUAUCUUCUAAGGAUAUUAGAGAACGAUGACGCAUUCUUCGAAAUUGAGAAAUUGGUGCGAAGAAUGGUGCUCUUUGUUAUCGUGAAUUUUGUUGUUAUCGCUGUCUUGUUGAAUAUGACAUUUAAUAAAACCCAAUAUAAUUAAAAAUACUUGUCUUUAUGAAUGGGGAGAUCAACAACUCAUUAG